AUGAUCGAACUAGUUGGAACAACGCUACAAACUGAUGCGAUGGACAGUGAUGUACCUUGCAUCGGUUUCUGUAAUUGGAAACGUAUAUCAGUAUUUCGAAAUACUGUUCCGAUUGUUACGCUGUUACUUGGUGGCAACAUUACAACACUCGUUGUUAUAUGUGAAGGAUUACAGAAUGAAACACCAGUUGUUGCUGUUCUAGGUACAGGUCAUCUUGCAGAUAUCGUCGCUGCCCUGUGCUACGAUCUACGCUCAUAUCACGAACUUACCCAUAAACAAUUCAAUGAUUAUCCAGAUUUAAAGAAGAAAUUAGAAGAAAAAAAGGAGAAAGAUAUACAAGAGUGCAAACUUAGAUUGAAAGAAUUGGGGCGUUUAGAAGGAAAGAAUACAGAUCAAAUCGAUGAUAAAAUUAAAAAAUGUGUAAAAAUACUAGAAGACAUGAAUACGCUUAUUGCUGUAUACGAUGGAGUUAAAUGUAUUGAUAAUCUAGAAGAUGUGAUUGCAGAUGCAAUGUGGAAUGAAAUAUCCUAUCAUCGCAAGAAUAAGGAGACAAGAAACGAUGGAUACGAUCCAAGAGCUGAGGAAUUGAAAUGGUGUUUGAUCUGGAACAAGGAAGCACGUGGAGAACUGGAGAUUUGGAUUAAUAGUGGAGACGAGAAUUUGGCAUUGGCAGAAACUAAGCGACGUUGGGUAAGCAAACUUGGACAAUCAGCACUCUUCGAAGCUUUAUGUAGAAACAAAGUCUCUUUCGUCAAUCUGCUCAUGGACAACGGCGCCUCAAUAGAAGCAUUUGAAAUCAACGAUUUGCAGAUUAUUUGUAAAAAAGCAAUGAAUGACGAUGCUCUGCCUCUCGACUGGCCUCCACGUCAUCUUCAUGCAUCAAAUGAUCCGACAAAAUUGCUAGAAAAUAUGCAUAAUUCUUAUCUUAUUCAAUAUUUAGGAUAUUACGUGAUAAUACGUGCACAAUUGGGUUAUAAUAAUAUUAUUAGCACCUGGAAUUGGGAGGAUCUAGCAGCCGUUACUUUUUACUUGGUUGGAUUUAUUACCCGCUUUUUUGUUAUCGAAACAGUCUUCAUUGUAUCAAAGAUAUUCAUGGCAAUCGAUCUGAUUAUUUGGUCUUUUCGUGUACUUCAUCUUUUUACUGCUUAUGAAAUCUUGGGUCCUAAAUUAGUCAUGAUUUAUAAAAUGAUGAAAGAUGCCGUCCUGAUCUUCGUGUUUUUCAUUCUUAUUCUUCUCUUCUCAUUUUCAGUUACAUCCUGGUCUCUGCUAACAACUAGCAAUCAAGUUAAUUGGACAUAUGCCGGAGAUGGUUCGUUAUAUAAUGUUACUGUAAUGAAUGGUGGUAGUGAUCUAUGGACAUGGCAAUUAUUGCGAGAUGUUUCCAAUUGGGGUAUUUGGAAAGUAUUCGGACAAACUGAUGAACCAUAUAACGGUGUUGUUAGCGGUAAUGAUGUUUAUGGUACAUUUGUUUACUUACUUGCAAUUGCCUUCGUAUUGAUAUCAAAUAUACUUCUUGUAAAUGUUCUCAUUGCGAUGUUUAAUGUGACCAUUCAACGUAUACUUGAUCGAUCGCGUAUCAUUUGGAGACAUCAACGAUUCUUGCUAAUUUAUGAAUACAGCGAAAGACCAGUAUUGCCUGCUCCGUUGAACGUUUGUUACUAUCCAGUUAAAUUCAUAAUAUAUCUCUGGCGUCUUUGUUGUUGUGAACGUCCAUGUGUAUCAUCUCGAGUCACCCAAAGUACUGAUUAA